AUGCACUUCACCAACGUCUUCGUCCAGGCUCUCAUUGCCGGCACUGCCAUCGCCGCCCCUGCUUCCCUCGUCAGCAAGCGUCAACUCCAGACCAUCCAGGGUGCUCUCUCCAGCGUCCAGGACUCCCUCGGCAACCUCGACACCGCUGUCAAGGCUCUCUCCGCCUCUGACCCCAACAGCGCCGCCAACCUCCUCGAUGCCUCCAACAAGGUCCAGACCAGCUUGAAGCAGGGAACCACGCAGAUCCAGGGCGCCCAGGAGCUCUCUCUCACCGACGCCCUCACCCUACAGCAGUCCGCCGGUGGCCUGACCACCGCCGUCCAGACCGCCGUCACGGAUCUGACCAACAAGAAGCCCGAGCUUGACAAGCUCGGCGCCACCUCCAUCGCCGUUGACCAGCUCAAGCAGCAGAAGGCCGUCGCCGGCGACUUCAGCUCCGCCGUCGUCUCCAAGGUCCCCGCUAUCGGCCAGGGCAUCGCCCAGCAGUCCGUCGACCAGAUCAACCAGUCCCUCGACGGUGGUAUCCAGGCUCUGUCCGCCGGUGGUGCUCAGCAGGGCGGCGCUGCCCCCGCUGCUCCCGCCGCGCCUGCUGCCCCUGCUGCCACUGCCGGCGGCAACAACGCUGCCACCAACGGCCCUUCCGACUUCAAGGCUGAGGUUAUGCCCCAGUAA